CGGAGUACACGUUGAAUGUCCGUGAUGACAGAUUCUGUACUGAGAGCGUUUCUUAGAAUAUGCGCAGGAGUCGAACUGCGCAAACGUUCCGACGGUUUAGUGACAUUUGGUGCACGGAUGUACGAAAUAUUGCAUAAUCCGCAGUCUCUUUAGCAGCCGUAAUCUUUAUACUGUACGUUGAAAUGAUACCGCGAUGGAGAAAGAUAUUAACGAAGUUGUUCAUAAUACCCCAGCGAUAUGUCCUGGGGCUCAUGGGUCUAUUGGCCGUAUGCAACGCGUACACAAUGCGUGUCUGCCUUAACUUGGCUGUCACUCAAAUGGUCAAUAACACCAAGAAUGAGGAGUCACACUUCGAUCCCAAUGCAUGUCCAGAUGAAAGCGAACUUCUCGUUAAUGGCACCGCUAUUAUGAAACCGCAUGCCUACUUCGAUUGGUCCGAAUCGACGCAAGGUCUAAUCCUAAGUGGGUUCUACUACGGGUACGCACUAACUCAUGUUCCUGGUGGAUACUUAGCAGAGAAGUAUGGAGGCAAAUGGACCCUGGGUAUCGGGUUGUUGAGUACAGCCUUGUUUACUCUGUUGACACCGAUCGUGGUGAAUGCGGGAGGGGCCACGUGGCUGUUCAUACUUCGUGUCUUGCAAGGGAUGGGAGAGGGUCCCACUAUGCCAGCUUUGAUGGUGGUACUGGCACGAUGGGUCCCACCACACGAGAGAUCUCGGCAAGGAGCAUUGGUGUUCGGUGGUGCUCAAAUCGGUAACAUCUUUGGGUCCUUCAUGUCUGGCAUCCUCAUGGCAGGGGACGGACAUUGGGCCAAUGUGUUCUACUUCUUCGGCUGCUUUGGCAUACUGUGGUUUAUAUUCUGGAGUGUUUUAUGCUACAGCACGCCUAAUACCCACCCAUUCAUAUCAGACGAGGAACUCAAGUAUUUGAACGAAACUAUAACGAGUUCAGACAACAAAAGCGCAAGAGAUCCAAUACCAUGGAAAGCCAUUUUGAGAUCGGUGCCGGCUUGGGCUCUAUUAUUUGCGGCUGUUGGCCACGACUGGGGUUACUAUACAAUGGUAACUGAUUUGCCCAAAUACAUGACAGAUGUACUUAAAUUCAACAUAGCUACCACGGGAACAUUAACAGCUAUACCAUAUCUUGCGAUGUGGGUAUCAUCUUUUAUCUUUGGCUGGAUUUGCGAUGUCUGUGUUAAGAGAGGCUGGCAUUCAAUUAAGGCGGGACGAAUCAUUUAUACGUCUAUUGCUGCAACUGGCCCAGCGAUCUGUAUAAUCCUCGCAUCCUACUCUGGCUGUGACAGGUUCGCAGCUGUCGCCUACUUUAUAGCUUCUAUGGCCCUAAUGGGGGGAUACUAUAGUGGGAUGAAGGUGAACGCGUUAGAUUUAGCUCCAAACUACGCUGGCUCGUUGACAGCUAUGAUAAAUGGUACAUCAACUCUCUCUGGAAUAAUAACACCGUAUCUGAUUGGACUUUUAACACCUGAUUCAACACUAGCCCAAUGGCGUAUAGCCUUCUGGAUUUGCUUCGCAGUCCUCGUCGGUACCAACAUAAUUUAUUUAUUCUGGGCAGACGGCAAGCAGCAAUGGUGGGAUGAUGUCAGACAACAUGGCUACCCCGCAGACUGGAAACACGGCCCGCUCAAAAUGUCUGACGAUGACAAGGAAAAGAGCAAAAAGAAAGAAGCAGAAGGCACUACUUUAUAGACUAAUUGUAGAAUAUUGUACUUAUAAGUACGCUUAAAUAAAUUGUCUUGUGUAUUGAACAGCUAUGAUGUUAUACUUAGUUUUUAUGGUGGCAUUGAUUUGAUGCUGUUCUUGAUAAAGGAUUUACAUAAACAAUUUAGAAAAAGCACUGGUUUUGAACACAAAUUUAAAUUUACAUUUAAAUUACAAAAAUUACAUGCGUUUUUUCUAGAGAUAAUCACACGAAUUUGCUGCCUGCGAAAAUGUAACGACUAUGCUUUACUUUUUAAUUAUAAAAAGCGUUUUUUAUUAAAAGAAUGUGCAUAUUCACACAAGCAUUUGAGUAUUUUUAUUAGAGAUCACUGUAAAUUUUCUAAGCAAUUAUUUUUCGUGAUCAAUGUUCUGAAUGAACAAUAAUCGUGUUUGAGACUUUAGUUAGAAAGCCUGUAAGUAUUUUACGGUAAUUUAAAAGGAAUUUUACUAGUGCCAUGUGAUAAGUAGCUUGAAUUUUAUAUUCUAAGAUACACUUAAAUUAUAGUAACUCAUUUUUUAACCAUUAUUACCAGUAAUUUAGUACUUACGCUGUGAAAUAAGUUACCCCAGUAUUUUGUAUUUGUUGUUAUGAAGUUAUCGAAGCUAUUGAAAAAUCGAAUAGAAAGUGUGUACCUAUAUCAUAACUUUUAUUAUAAGCAUAUAAAUGUUUAUUUAUCUUUAGUUCAAUGGUAUAGUUAUUUAUUGUGUAUAACAAUAAAAACUUAUUUAUAGUUUUACCUAUGUGUGCUAAGUAUACUAAGUCAGGUAGCUUAAAUCGGACGCAGUAACUUAAUACUUAUUUAUUAUAAUAAACAAAUAGAAUUAAAAUGUGUGAUAGAGAGUUGUAUUUUGUGAUAUUGUUUUUAAUAUUUGACGAACAUUGCUAUUGUAAAUAAUUAUAAAUAAAAAGCAUCCAUUAUA